AUGGGAAGGCAGUUAAUGGAAUAUGAAACUGUUUUCAAAGAAGCUAUUUUAACAGUGGGAAGAUUACUAAAAGAUGUGGGAGAAACGUGGUCACUUGAAGACGAACUGAUGGCGCCAAAAGACGUCUCACAAAUGACAGAGUGCUACAUUGCUCAGACGGCCACAUUUGCUGUCCAGUACGCAACCGCACAGCUUCUUAAGUCCUGGAAAAUUCUUCCGUCUGCUGUUAUAGGUCAAAGUUUUGGAGAGUUGGCAGCUGCCUGUGUUUCUGGAAUCAUAACUGUCAAGGAGGCACUUCAGCUGGUAGUAAUUCGCUCCACUCUUCAUGAUAGCUGCCCAAAGAAUGGAGGAAUGGCUGCCCUGGGCUUGUGUGAGGCAAAAGCCAGGGAGUUACUUUUAAAUCUAAGGUUAAACGCCACCCUUGACAUAGCAGCAGUUAAUGAUGCAGACGGUGUUACUGUAGCGGGUGAUUUGAAAUUCAUCGAAGCUCUGGGGGAACAUCUAUCGGUGAACGCAAGAGAUGUUUACUGGCGCGUUUAUGGAACAAAUCGUGCAUUUCACAGUUCACAGAUGGAACCCAUCAAAAUCCCUUUUCAGGAAGCUUUGAAAAGGGUUCAACUAAAGCCUCAGUUAUCAAAGAUUCCGAUGUAUUCUUGCGUUGAAGGCGAAAUUGUCUCAGGUCAGCAGUUAAACAGCGAUUACUGGUGGCGAAAUAUUCGCUGUCCUGUUCGCUUCUAUUCAGCAAUGAAACACCUACUACGGGAUGGUUACAGGCAGAUAAUUGAGAUAAGCAUGCAGCCAUUUCUUUUCCGCCACGUGAACCGGAUAGCUCUUCAGGAAAAUCUAACGGAACGGGAAAGGCCCGUUGUUUUUACAACUCUUCCUCAUAAGACAGUGCCAAUCGAGGACCAACACAAAUAUUUCCUUCAGAACACGGUAUGUAAAUUGUUUACAGUGGGAUUUCCUAUAGACUGGAACUCGGUGGAGGGGAACCGAUCAGCGAGGUUCAUCCGGUCCGAAACAUCUCCACGGCUGGAAAGCAGCUCUUGUUACAGGGAACAUCCACCACAACCAAAAGAGCAACCAAUUAGUUCCAGAGAAACCAUUAAGAGGCCAACUCAUCCUUAUCUAUCAAAAGUCAAAACGACCGACUUAUGUUUAAGACUACACUGCUGGGAGACUGAGAAUGAUCUAUUAAACAUUACAUCUCUGAAGAACCACGACCUAAUCGAGGGAGGUGCCGCUAUGUCUGGGGUUGCUUACCGGGAGAUGGCCUUUGCAAUGGUAAAUGACAAAUUUGUUCAUAUCCUUAGCCUGGAUCUGGGUAAUGUGAAGCUUUCAAGUCCUCCCACUCUUCCAAAAACACAGGUUGGAUCCUUAAGUCCCCGCCUUUUAACGACAGGCAGCAGUGAGAAUUGGGGUGAAGUGCGUAACCCUGCUGCUCCGUACGUUCAGCUGAUCGUCAAAGAACAGCGCCAUGGAUCAUAUUUUCUCGGAGAAUAUUCAUAUGGAAGGUUCCAGAGUGUGGAGUAUCCCGUGAUUGACACACUUCCCUGGUCAUCGCGUUCACAGAACAUAACCAUUAGGCUAUUUGAAAAAACUUGCAGUAGUAGACAAAUGAGAGAGAUACACUAUCAAGACUGGAUCAUCGAUAAAUUACAUAAAAGCUAUACUAAUGGUCUUACUUCCUACAUUUUAAAGACUCUAAGAGAAGCUCUCCUGAAGAAUCAAACUAUUUUCAAUAAGGAGUACCAAGAAUGGCAGCCUGCUGAGGUUCGAAGUCCUCUCUCAUUUCUUAAAUGCCAGAAUAAUAGAUUUUUGCCACGUAAUCCCACAACAUAUGGCAUCGAGGAAGUCUGGAGCCAGUUAGUAGAUAAAGGUAGCACAGUACUCGUUUGUCCUGGUGAUCAUUACUCCCUUAGUGAGUUACCUCGAGCGCAAGUAACAGGCGGUAUCUUAGCAACUGCCCCGGCCAUCAACUGCUGCAUGUUGCUACCAGAAUUGCCCACACUUCCAAUAAUGUUUACCCAAAGACGUGCUGUGGAGAAACUUUCCGGCGGUGUACAUGUAGGCGUGUUCCUUCACUCAAAGAGAGGCAACAAAAUGCCGCGUUACAGAGACCUAUUUUUCCGAGAAGAUUUCCACAAACUUGAGUUGAGAUCAAAACCUGGCGAAAGAGAAGCGAUUCAAAACGAGGAAACUAAAAAAGAUCAUGGAUCUGAAAGGGUAACGAUACUCUUUACUUUAGGUUACGUUGUCAAUAUUUUUGUCUAA